GCACAGUGUCAUGCAGUGAGCGUGUGUAUGUAUGUAGGUGGGUGAGUCUCUGCCGGGCGCUGGCCGGUGUGUGGAGCGCGCACGCGCGAGAGCGAGGGAGUAGACGUUUGAAGCUGCGCGUGCGCGAAGCAGCCAGUCGGUCCAGUCAGUCACAGAGUGCGCGCGCUCUCUCGCCUGAGGUAAAAAAGAGGCGAAGGAGGGAGAACCGUCGCUGCUGCUGCUGCUGCUGCUGCUGCUUCUGCUUCUGAGGCGACGCCGCCGCCGCCGCCGCCUCAGCCUCGCUCUGUCUUUGGCCGGCCCUGAAAGGAGCUUCGCCUCGGAAGGGCGCGCACAGCCCCAGCCCAGAGACCCCACCGCCACCUCGAGCCUCCGCCUCAGCCCCCGGACAACGACGACGAUGAGCGACCGCGAGCAGCUGCUGCAGCGAGCCCGCCUGGCCGAGCAGGCGGAGCGAUACGACGACAUGGCUUCGGCCAUGAAAGCGGUGACCGAGCUGAAUGAGCCCCUCUCAAAUGAAGACAGGAACCUGCUGUCUGUAGCAUACAAGAAUGUAGUUGGUGCCAGGCGAUCUUCCUGGCGAGUCAUCAGCAGCAUAGAGCAGAAAACCAUGGCUGAUGGGAAUGAGAAGAAGCUGGAAAAGGUUAAAGCAUACAGGGAGAAGAUUGAAAAGGAGUUGGAGACAGUGUGCAAUGAUGUUUUGGCCCUGCUAGACAAGUUCUUGAUCAAGAACUGCAGUGACAUUCAAUAUGAGAGCAAGGUCUUCUACCUGAAAAUGAAAGGUGAUUACUACCGCUAUUUGGCAGAAGUCGCUGCAGGUGAGAAGAAGAACAGCGUUGUGGAAGCAUCAGAGGCUGCCUACAAAGAAGCCUUUGAAAUCAGCAAAGAGCACAUGCAGCCCACGCACCCAAUCAGGCUGGGGCUGGCACUCAACUUCUCCGUCUUCUACUAUGAAAUCCAGAAUGCCCCUGAGCAGGCCUGCCUUCUAGCCAAACAAGCCUUUGAUGAUGCCAUUGCGGAGCUGGACACACUCAACGAGGAUUCCUACAAGGACUCCACGCUUAUCAUGCAGCUUCUUCGAGACAACCUCACUCUCUGGACAAGUGACCAGCAGGAUGAGGAGGCAGGGGAAGGCAACAAUUGAAGAGCUCCCCAGAUCACGGCUUCCCAUCAACCACCACCUCAUCACCAUCACCAAUACUUCUUUGCCACGAUCACACUAUGUAUUUAGUGCUAAGCAUAAAUGUAUUGUUGGCACAGCUGUGAGGUCUGCCAGAUGCUGCUUCAGAUGGGGCUUCAUGGGCAUUGCUGGACUAAAUGGUGUAUCAGCCCUGUUUAUCAUAGUGGCAUAUUGUGCAGGAAGAAACUUAAAAUGAGGCAUUUUAGUUUCAUUUGAUUCAUAUUAUAUGGGUUAAUAAAAGAGUGGAAAUGAUUUAGGAGAAUUGAUCGAAAAUUGAAUCUUUAAAUUUUCUGCUUGGAGUGGAUUAUGUCAGUUCAGCAGUACAUCUUAUACAUGCAAAACAUGGAAGUGGCUCUAAGCAGAUGUGAACUGAUUUUGUCCUGUUCAUCAAUUUUAAAAUGUGAGGUUCUAUAACAAUCUGUGUUUCACUCUUUAUGUGCACAGACUUGGUUUCAGGCAAUGCAUCUUGAGGUUUUGAUUUUGAUACUUGUAAGCUUUUUUUGCAGUUUUGAAGAAUCAUGAUUUAUUUUUUGUAAAUUCUUUGGCUGUUCAGUUGCCUGUGUAUUCUGACAGCGCAGUGUCAAUGUUAGCCCAUGUUAAGAUGGAUGAUGAGAUGCCAGACUUCUAAAUUAAGUGUUUUGGAAUUAAAGAAAAUAAACUGCUGCUUGGGGGAGAUAA